ACCAAACUUUUUAUUCUCUAAUAACCGAAUGCUAUAUCACACCUUGCGUCUCGCUUGCAUCACCAUCUCAUCAUUCAAGACAUGGAAGGCUGUGAUCGAUCCUUCAGAUAGAAGCCAGGCAAGGAGACAUCUCUUCCUCUGGCUCUUGACUCUAGCAGGGCUCUCGAUUGAACCCAUCGCUGAUUCAGUUCUCAGUCAACAGAUCCCUUUAUACGAAAGUUCCAAGGUCAUAGUUGCAGGAUGGUUAUUACUAGCACAUUUUUACCUAUCAAAACCAACAGAUUAUGUUGAAACCCAUAGUACAUGGCAGGAGCCACAAUCCUCCUCUGUUCCUCAUCAUUCUCGACAUGGACCUUCUAAAACUAGUGCACUCACCAAUCGUGGCGAUAUCCGCAGUUUAUCGGCUUUUGGUAGUGGACAAUCGCCGCCUGUGGCGUAUACUCAACGACAUAAUACUGUAAGACCAAACGAGACAAAAGCGCAAGCAUCAACAUCUGCCGCCUCCUCAACAGCAGCUAAUCUGGAUUUUGGCAGAUUUAAACGCGAUCUGGAAAGGAGACGGUCAAGGUCUAUAACUUCUUUUGUUGAUGAUUACGUUGAUCCACUAACACCAGCCGCAAUGAACAGCAGAAUACGGCAACAACCAUUACCCCAUAUGUCAAAGGAUGUAGACCUUGGUGCCCAUUCGACUUCUAUACUGCCAAAUCCAUUCAAAGUCUCAAACCCGCAAUUGUCAUCAACAUCAAUGAGGAGUGCAUCUGUGACAGGGAAAGCAAGGGUUCCUACCUCAGCAGUGAGCACAGUUUUGCCAUCAUUUAUUGAACAAAGUUCGCCUCCUCAUUUGAGAAGAAACCAAACAGAUCCUAUUUAUCAAUUCGGGAAUGAGCAAUCUAGUCGGAAACGGCCUUUAUCAGCCAUGGCAUCGGAACCUUUGUUGAAAAGGUCAAUACCCAGGCACCAGAGGGCAAGACGCAGGUCUCUUGACCAAAAAUAUUUAAAUUCCCCUAAUCUUCAUUCUAACAAGGAAGGUCCAUUGAGACAAAACAAACGACAUCGAUCCUUUGUUGAGAUUGAACAACUUGAAGACAAAGAGCCCAUAACAACAAAAAAGUAUCAAAGAAAUCAAGAUGGUGCCAACACUGCUGAACCACAACGUCUGACGCCGCUUGCUAUGCCAAAGACGCCAGCCAAAGCUCGUCGAGAAGUCAUUGAUCCACGCCAGCGACCAACAUCUGUUGCUCCUUCGUCAACUCUAACUCCACGACAACAUGAUAGUCGGGAAUCAUGGAAGCACAGCUCAAUGACAACACCACUUCCAGUGAAUAAACAAGAAAGAAUGGAGCGAAAUACAGGACUAGGGUCUGUUAGUCUUGAAUCUAGAAUGAAGCAUGUUCACGAUUGGCUCAAGGAAAGAAAUCCAUCCUUGGUCUCCCCACCAUUAAGCACACGAUCUGAAAUCUUGAGUGCAAAUGCUCGUACAGAUCAACAUCGACAACGCCCACCAACAACAGGGCUCUCGCAUCAGAUGACGAAUACGAGUGAUAAUGAACAUCCCGAAGCAGCAACAGCAUAUAGUUCCCAUGCGUCACGUAAGCGGAAAGCACACCAUCAGCUCACACCUAAGGGUAGUUUGAAGAGGCAUAAUGGAGAGGAGGCACUGGAGUCUCACCGCUACCUCAAUAAUGAUAGAAUAUACCCACAACCAAAGGACACAAUUCCAUCCACUUCACAACCUCAACCAUCAACGCAUCGAACUCAACCUAAAAAUGAAGAUAACAGCCGUUCACAAAGUGUGAUAGUUAAUCAAAGCAGCGAUAUCGAUCCACUGCGGGAUCAACCUCAAACAGAUCCUCUCUUUCCACCACUGAAUUGGGGUCGAUUCCAGAGAUCCGUCAGACCAAAAGCAUCCAAGCGACCACCUUUUCCCUCUUCAGCAAUUACUUUCCCAUCUUCAGAAUUCACAUUCCGAAGUACAUCAAUGAAGAGUAUCGGUGAUCCAUAUAAUUCAAAAACUUCCUUUACUAGUGGUGAAGAUGGCGAUGCAAGGGAUGAUGAAGACGGCCACAUCGGUGUUAAACCAUUAAUCAAACUUCGACAAACUCAAUUAAAGCAACGCCAGCAGGAAGAUUACUGGGGCAUCAAGCGAGAUGAAAGUAAGAACGCCGUUGCCGAGGGAACAUUUGUAUUCAAUCCAUCAUUAGAGGCAUGGGAGAAAGAUGAUGACGAAACACUGGCCAGGAAUGCGGCACGCGAGGCGGAGGAGGCUGCGGCAAAAAGACAACUGCGACGCCAUUCAUCUUUAUUGGAUGGAUUGUCUUCACCCUCGAGCAGUUCAAAUGGGCAUGGGUAUAAAGAGGAGGCGAAUACAGCAGUCUCUACUAGUUCAAGAACAGGUCCGCAGAAGGAGAAGGAGAAGGGGAAAGGGAAGGUAAACGAGAAUGAGGAAGAAGGAGAGCACACGAUGACGGCACCGGCGCCAAGUCUGUUAAGGACAAUAGCUUUUAACGGUGAUUCACCAAGGCGACCUGUGCCAGAAGUGCGCUCCAAGGAAAACCAACCACUCAUUAAUAUCAUUCCAGCCAGCCCAGCAAAACAUCGACAACACCAACAGCCACAGCAAUCACAGCAACCACAGCAAUCACAGCAAUCACCGCAAUCAUGGCCAUCGCAGCAACGUCGGCCUACCGAUGAUCUUGGGACUGCUGCGGCUGCACUUGGUUCCACGUCAUAUACGUCAGACAUAUCCCGUCAGCAACAACAGAAACAAGAACAGCCUAGACCUUCUGGCAAUUGCGGAGUCUCUGAAAGCUUUUCAGGUCUUGGCAGCCAUGAUGUUAGAUCAUUGUCGAGGCGUAACUCUGCCACUAUUGAUACCAUAACUACUCCUGAGGAUACAACAGCACCUCAUCAAAAUCAUCCUGGAUUAUAUACUCCAAGCAAGAAGAGGAAGAAGAGAUCGAUGAUAGUAGAUGACAGUGCAUUAUCGACCGGUGCGACCAAUGUUCCGAUUCCGAUUCCUCUUCCACCACAAUCACCUCACACAAAUACUCCGACGACUAUGAGUCGAUAUAUCCAGCUAUCCAAUCUUUCGGAUGAAGAUGAUCAUCAACCUUGA